CUGGCAAACCUGGCCCCCUCUAUCCAAGCCCAGCUGUCGCCCGGCGCGUCGCUCUCCAAUCAGGAGGACUUUUAUAGCGACUACGACCAAUCGCCGGCCUCGACACAAGGCCUGAUGACCGGGAUGGAGAUGGCCGCCUCGCAGCAGCAGUUCCUGGCCAUGGGCGACGAGCCGUCACGGAAGAAGCGUAGAUGCCCCCCUCAGAGGGGUGGCAAGAGCACCAAUCACGCACUCACCGAGGACGGUCACGGCGGGGUGAACCAGCUGGGGGGCGUGUUCGUCAACGGCCGGCCGCUGCCGGACAUGGUGCGCCACAAGAUCGUCGAACUGGCUCACAACGGCGUGCGCGCCUGCGACAUCUCGCGCCAGCUGCGUGUCAGCCACGGCUGCGUCAGCAAGAUCCUCUCCAGGUACUUCGAGACGGGCAGCUUCAAGGCGGGGGUCAUCGGCGGCAGCAAGCCCAAGGUGGCCACGCCGCACGUGGUGGACGCCAUCGCCAAGUACAAGCGGGAGAACCCGACCAUGUUCGCCUGGGAGAUCCGCGACCGGCUGCUGGCCGAGAACGUUUGCAACCAGGAGAACGUGCCGUCUGUCUCCAGCAUUAACAGAAUCGUGCGCAACAAGGCGGCGGACAAGGUACGGGGCUGCCACGGCCCGAUGGGCGACGGAGGCGGCUCGCCGGCCGGCCAGGCCACCCCGGUCAUCACGCACGCGCCGCCGGCCGACUCCCGCGACCCGCGGCCCAGCUACAGCAUCAGCGGCAUCCUCGGCCUGGCGGGGCACGACCCCAACGGCAACAGCAUCGGCAAGCGGAAGCGGGACGACGACGAAGAGCAGAGGCGAAUGCUCGAUGACUACUAUCAAUCGCGCCAGGACGUUCGUGACCUGGCGUCGCCGGCCGAGGAGGAGAUGCGCCGCCAGCGGCUGUCAUGGCCGAAGCCGUGGGUGAAGGACGAGGCUGCCAAGACAGGCUCGCUGUCCGACAUCGCCGGGUCCGGCAUCGGCUUCAGCUUCGGCGGCGAACAGCCGACUUUCGGGGCCGCGCCAGGGUUGCCCUCGCCCCUGGAGGCGCCGUAUGACCUCGGCCUGCACCAGCCGCCGCAGGGCUACCCCCAGGGCCUGACCUCCGCGCUAGGUACGCCUGCUGGCCUCACUCCUCUGGCGCCGAUCUCGCUCGCCGACACCAAACCGACAUUAGGCUCAGCAGCGCCUCUACCGGACGGCCUGGAAAACUACCAGCAAGGGCCCGUCUCCAUGGCCGACUACGGCUCCCACUACGCGUAUCCGCAGCACGCCGCCUACGGCUACAGCUACAGCUCCCCCGGCGGCCUGCUGAGCAAGUGACACCCGUGCUCGUUUUUCGAGCAGUGUGGCGGCGCCAUCUUGACUGGGGAGAUCAGCCGUCUGUGCAGCGGGCUUCUGCGCAGUCAGUGUCGGCGCAGUCGACGCCUGCGCAGCGGGCGUCUGCGCAGUCAGUGUCGGCGCAGUCGGCGUCUGGGCCAGCGCCUGCGCAGCCGAAUGCGCAGCUGGCUCCCGCGCAGCCCUCGCAAGAUCAGACUAGGCGACAGCGCUAGUCAGCAGUGCUCCGGCCGCGGUCGGACCGCGGACCAGUCCGAUCCACACGGAUCUGGAUAGGUCCGGUCCACACGGAUCUGGAUCAGUCCGAUCCACACGGAUCUGGAUCAGUCCGAUCCACACGGAUCUGGAUCAGUCCGGUCCACACGGAUCUGGAUAGGUCCUGUCCACACGGAUCUGAAUAGGUCCGGUCCACACGGAUCUGAAUCAGUCCAGUCCACACGGAUCGGGAUAGGGCUGGCUCUAGCUGGCGGUGGCGCGGUGCCCCGAUCUCAUACUGCAAGAGGGGACCAGACGUGGCCGCUGGCAAGACGCUCACACCUGCGUACAGCACACCAAAGAUAUCGAAUCGCUCGCUGCUCCGCGUCCAGGUCACUGGCGUCCACUGUUUUCCGCCAGUGUGCGCUGACGGCAGUAUGUGUGGUAGACUAGUAAGCACUUAUGCUAUUUACACCGGGUUGAGUGUGUACUGGGCUGGAGGAGGUCGGCAGUGAUGUGCGGUCUUCUGUCGUAGUGUUCUCUGCCUUGAGCGGUGUCAAGCGGGCGUGUCGGGUCAGGCUAGAACAUCAGCGCGUGGCUCUCGCCGCGCACUGCCCCAAGCUGAACCCCGACACCGAUGGCGCAAUUCCGGCCCGAGGGGCGGCACGGCUUCCCCGUCACUGUCUGGCCGGGCAGUGGCGGGCGCCGCGGCCUCGGCGGUGCGAGGUCAGGAGACGGCGCCGCGGCUGCUGCCCUGCCGCUGAU